AUGAAGCGGCGCAAUGCGGACUGCAGCAAACUAAGACGGCCGUUAAAACGGAACCGAAUCGCCGAGGGGAUAUACGGCAGUACCUUCCUGUACCUGAAGUUCCUGGUUGUGUGGGCUCUGGUGCUGCUGGCAGACUUUGUGCUUGAGUUCAGGUUUGAGUACCUCUGGCCAUUUUGGCUCUUCAUGCGGAGUGUGUACGACUCCUUCAGAUACCAGGGACUGGCGUUUUCAGUAUUCUUUGUUUGUGUGGCGUUUACCUCGGACAUCAUUUGCCUCCUCUUCAUCCCGGUGCAAUGGCUAUUCUUUGCUGCCAGUACCUAUGUGUGGGUGCAGUAUGUGUGGCAUACAGAGAGGGGUGUGUGUCUCCCGACCGUGUCUCUAUGGAUACUAUUUGUGUACAUAGAGGCGGCCAUCAGAUUCAAAGACCUGAAAAAUUUCCAUGUGGACUUAUGCCGUCCUUUUGCUGCACACUGCAUUGGCUAUCCCGUAGUCACGCUGGGCUUCGGCUUCAAGAGCUACGUCAGUUAUAAAAUGCGUCUCCGGAAGCAGAAGGAGGUGCAGAAGGAGAAUGAGUUUUAUAUGCAACUUCUACAGCAGGCUCUGCCUCUGGAGCAACAGAUGCUUCAAAGGCAAGAGAGGGAAGCAGAAGAAACAACUAAAGGAAUAUCUGAAGUGGACACACCUCAAGUGUCACAGAAUGGCACCCCAGCCAAUAAAAAGACAUCUGUGCCAUUACCGGAACUGGAGUAUAAAGAAAAAGGGAAAGAAGGAAGGAGCAGCGGGGAUACGAAAAAGCAACACAACAGCAUCCUGCCGUCAUCGGUGGACUCUAAAUUGCAGGAGGUGGAGUACAUGGAGAAACAUAUAAACAACAAGAGACUGACCACAGAGCUGGGCAGCACAGAGAACCUGUUGCUUAAAGAGGACAACAAUUCCUCCUGUUCAUCUUCAUCGUCAAACUCCUCCAAAAAUUACAAAAAUACUAACACCAACCCCGUAAUGCUCAAUUCCCUGCCGUGUGGCCACAGCGCCACCAAUGGCAGCGUACCCACCUCGGCACAGCCGUCGUCUGCAGGGAAGAACGAGAAGAAGCACAAGUUAACGGUGGGGAAAGGGACGUCGGGUGGUUCCCACAGGGACCCCACCGACAACUGCAUCCCCAACAACGAGCUGAAGAAGCCAGAAGCACUUGUUAGACUGGAGCAAGACAUUAAAAAGCUGAAGGCGGACCUGCAGGCCAGCCGGCAGGUUGAGCAGGACCUCCGCAGCCAGAUUGGCUCGCUGGGCAGCGCUGAGCGCUCCAUACGCACCGAGCUGGGCCAGUUGCGCCAGGAAAACGAGCUGCUGCAGAACAAGCUUCACAAUGCUGUGCAGGCGAAACAAAAGGACAAACAGACAGUCGGCCAAUUAGAGAAGAGGCUCAAAGCAGAACAGGAGGCCCGAGCUGCGGCAGAGAAGCAGCUCACAGAAGAAAAGAAGAGAAAGAAAUUAGAGGAGGCCACAGCGGCCAGAGCAGUGGCGCUAGCAGCAGCAUCUAGAGGGGAGUGCACAGACACGCUGCGGCGGCGAAUCUCUGAAUUAGAAGCAGAGGGUAAAAAAUUAACAAUGGACAUCAAGCUGAAAGAGGAGCAGAUACGGGAUCUUGAAUUAAAAGUUCAGGAACUUCAUAAAUAUAAGGAAAACGAAAAAGACACAGAGGUGCUGAUGUCAGCACUGUCAGCCAUGCAGGACAAAACUCAGCACCUUGAAAACAGCCUGAGCGCAGAGACCAGGAUCAAACUGGACCUCUUCUCUGCACUUGGAGAUGCCAAGAGACAGCUGGAAAUUGCACAAGGUCAGAUCCUUCAGAAGGAUCAAGAGAUCAAAGACCUGAAGCAGAAGAUAGCAGAAGUCAUGGCCGUCAUGCCCAGCAUCUCUUACACGGCCGACACCAGCAGCAUGACUCCCGUGACCCCCCACUACUCCUCAAAGUUCAUGGACACCAGUCCCUCCAGCCUGGACCCCAACGCUUCUGUUUACCAGCCCCUCAAAAAGUGAACGCCUUUUCUCUUCUGUUCCGUUCUGCCCCUCCCUUUCCUCCAUCCGCCCUCUCUACACUUUUACUGCUCCUGCAGACCCCGUCAUGUCGCGGCUGAGAACUCAAGUUUUCUUCUGUUUUCUCUUUUUGCCAGGUCAGAAGGAUGUUGUAUUGUGUGACUGUGUUUGUUGUAGUUAAAACAAAAGACAAAAAAAAUUAAUAAAAAUACCCAAAACCACCUAAAAACUGACAUCCCCUGGAAAAUUAGGAAGCCCCGGUUGUUUUUAUUUAAAUGUCUAGUGAAACCUCACAGAUUCAGGUGUGUAUCUUCAUCUCAAGGGUUCAGCUCCUCCGUCACUGCUGCCUUCUACCAGCUUUCGGAGAGAGGCAGAUGAGUUUCUUUUGCUUCAUUCUUCUAUGACUCAUAGCUCCAUGUAUUUGGCACUUGGUUUUUGCACCAGUGGUACAACCAGAGGAAUGUAUUUCCCUACGGAGCAACGUAUUCUCUAAUUGCAAAACCAGAAACAGUUGUUUUCUUUCACCGUACUUAUUUUCUUUAAAAGCUAAUGGCUAAAAGACAUGCAAGCAAAGUUUGAAAUAAAUUGCAGAUUAAGUUGCAUCGGAACCGGACCUUUAUGAGAUACUUACAGUAUGACUAAGAAUGCAAUGGUUUCUCAGUACUUACUCGAAAACGUUGCGUGUAUAAAAUGAUGCAAGUAGUUUUUAUUAGGAAAGAAAAGCAACAAAUCUGCCAUCCAAGUUUUCUCCCUCGAAAAUAUUUCCAUAGGGGUGAAUUUGAAAACCUCAGUAUUCAUUCAGAGUGCUGGUUGGUCCACGCUUACUUGUAUGAUGACUUCACAGUGUUCUGCGUGAAGUCAUCGAGGGGAGGACAAAGCACGGCCCAAAACGCUCUUAAAAUAGUUGUGACAUAUUUAACAAGCUGGAAAUGUUCCUCUUAGCAUAUAGUCAGCGGGAGGAAAUUCCAUUAACCAGUUUUGAAAGGACUGUUGUUCUUUAACCAGAUUCAUCAGUAAUUAAAAAAAAUGAAAAGGAAAGCACCACAGCUCAUUUGUGCUGCCUGAAACCCCAAAUCGUUCAGUCCAUUUUAACAUCCACAAUGACGGACAGGACAGUGUUUGAAUGAAAUAUUAUUCCACUUUAGACUUCCUGUUUUCUUAAAUGUGCUCCAAAACUGCAUUGCAAAUACAUUUGCGCUCACAUAUUUCUCAAUAUCCAGUUAAAUACCCCUCACUGAAAUCUUCACCAGGCAGAGGAUUUGGUCACCUGUUCUGCUGUGAACUCUGUAGUCAAAUUGAAAUGCUGUUUCUUUUUAGCGAAUCUUGGGUAACCACCUCGCUCCCAUUUCUGGCAUUCUUCGAGAAAUAUGCUCGAGUCUGACGUGGUUUCACCGUCGCCUGAAACGAUGAUUAUCACACAGACACACAAAGUUCUGUUCACCUACUGUAUACGGAGAAGCAUUUGCUACCUUGUUAUCCCACUCAGACUGCAGUUGUCGCCUUCUUGGAAAAAUGUUGUGAAAAUUACAGUUUAGUCAGUUGUUCCGUCAACUGAUGGGUGAACGUAAACAGAAGUCUUGUUUUAUUUGUUUUUUGUUUUCUAUGCCCACAGUCACAGUUAAGUUCUCUCCUAGGUCUGACCUUGGCUGCGCUCUCGCUCUGUGAGGUUUACAGGAAAUAAAAAAAUUUUCUUGCAAACUUA